CUGCCUUAAUUACCUCCCUCACGCUCCGCUCCGCUUUACUCAUUCUCCAUUUAGCCCAUAGGUCUGCGGAGGAGGCAACGACAACCAAUUUGUUUUCUCCCCUCUCCCAUCUCCCCUCGGGGUUCACAACAUCCCUCACACGCACCACUUGCUCCACUGCAACAUCCCGGGCACUAGCCACGAACCACGCACGCGGCCACACAGAGAAGCAAGCUACCUUACAUACAGCACACGCAUACGAACGACUAUUGCAAACCCGCGCAUCGCAUAGCAUCGCAUCGCAUAUCGCGCAUAUCGCCGACCAGUGACCGAACCAUACACCCAGCAUCACAAGGAGACAACAUGGCUGGCAAGAAGGGAGCAGGCGAGAAUAGCAAAAAGGCUGCCGGGAACGCCCGUAAGGCCGAUGCUGCUGCACAGAAGGCCGCUGCCGAGGACGCGAAGAGGGCUGCCGCUGAAGACGCCGACUGGGGCAAGGGCGCCAAGGGAGCUGGAAAGAAGGAAGCUGAAGCCGCCAAGAAGGCAGAAGCAGCCAGAAAGAAGGCCGAGAAGGAUGCGCUUCUGAAAGAGGAGGAGGCCAACACCCCCGGACGGACUGGACCCAAGAACAACAAGACGGCCGUUAAGAAGACACGUGGGCUCGAUCUGUCACAGUUGGACGGCGAUCAGAGCGGAGGCUCGCUUGCCGCGCUCAACGCCACCGGUAUCGACAACGCCCUCGACGCCCUCUCCCUCACAGGCUCCGACAACAACGCAAAGAUUGACCGCCACCCCGAGCGACGUUUCAAGGCGGCGUACGCGGCAUUCGAGGAGCGCCGGCUCAAGGAGAUGGAGGACGACGGCUCGGGCCAGGGCCUGCGCCAGCAGCAGAAGAAGGACAAGAUUAGAAAGGAGUUUGAGAAGAGCCCAGAGAACCCCUUCAACCAGGUGAAUGCGAGGUUCGACAGUACCAAGGAGGAGUUGGCCGAGAUCAAGGCGAAGGAGAAGGGCAAGAUCGAGGCCCGCCUCGGGAAAUAGUGGCCCAGUAAGAAGCCUCUCGGGCAUGUCAUUAUUCAUCCAUUCGGAGGCAUCACUGCUUUGGAGGGCUACAUGUAAACGUGGCACAGAGAUGCCAGGGCUGUAAGAGUGACGAGCAUCAGUCACCUGCAUAUUGGGAUAUCAACUCUCGGAUGUGAAUAGAUCAUGAGACCAAAAUUUUACCCCUCCA